CCCGCUCCGGGGCCGGCCGGGGGUUCCUCGGGCGGCGUGGCCUGCGAGGACCAGUUCGACUGCAAGGAGCUGGAGUCGCUCUUCCAGAACUACAACCUGAAGCUGGAGCAGACGUCGACCCUCAAGGCGCUGGCCGUGCUCAUCGUCCUCACCGGCAGCCUGGCGCUGCUGGAGCUCCUGGCCGGGCCGCGCCGCCUCACCAUCGCCAAGGGCUCGCACCCGGUGCACGGCGUCAUCUUCCUCUCCCUCUUCAUCCUCACCAACGUCAAGUACCUGCAGGUCACCCAGCUCCAGCAGAUCGUCAAGCUCACCCUGCUCUUCGCCUUCACCUUCGCCUUCCUCUGCUGCCCCUUCUCGCUCGGCGCCGACGGGCCCCAGACCCCCGCCGCCCCCGAGCAGGGACUCUGGCAGCUCAUGCUCGUCACCUUCGUCUCCUACGCCCUCCUGCCCGUCCGCACCCUCCUGGCCAUCCUCUUCGGCUGCGUCGUCGCCCUCUCCCACCUCGUCGUCGCCGCCACCUCCGUCAGGGCCAAGAGGCAGCCCCUCUGGAGGACGCUUGUGGCCAAUGCUAUCCUUUUUGUCAGUGUAAAUUUGUAUGGGGUCUUUGUGAGGAUUUUGACAGAGAGGGCACAAAGGAAGGCUUUCCUUCAGGCCAGGAACUGCAUAGAGGACAGGCUGAAGCUGGAGGAUGAAAAUGAAAAACAGGAACGACUCUUGAUGAGCCUUUUGCCCAGGAAUGUUGCCAUGGAAAUGAAGGAGGACUUCCUGAAGCCGCCUGAAAGGAUUUUCCACAAGAUUUACAUUCAGAGGCACGACAACGUCAGCAUAUUGUUUGCGGACAUUGUCGGGUUCACCAGCUUGGCGUCACAAUGUACCGCUCAAGAACUGGUGAAGCUUCUGAACGAGCUCUUUGGGAAGUUUGAUGAAUUGGCUACAGAGAACCACUGCAGAAGGAUAAAAAUCCUAGGUGACUGUUACUACUGUGUAUCAGGACUGACGCAGCCCAAAACGGAUCAUGCCCACUGUUGUGUCGAAAUGGGAUUGGAUAUGAUUGACACCAUCACGUCAGUCGCUGAAGCCACGGAAGUAGAUCUCAAUAUGAGAGUCGGCUUGCACACCGGGAGGGUGCUGUGUGGCGUCUUGGGUCUUCGCAAAUGGCAGUACGAUGUUUGGUCAAACGAUGUGACUCUCGCUAAUGUCAUGGAGGCCGGAGGGUUGCCUGGGAAAGUGCAUAUAACAAAGACCACCUUAGAGUGCCUAAAUGGUGACUACGAGGUAGAACCAGGGUUUGGCUAUGAAAGGAACAGUUUCUUGAAGAAGCAUAACAUUGAGACCUUUUUCAUUGUGCCAUCUCAUCGGAGGAAGAUAUUUCCAGGGCUUAUUCUCUCGGACAUAAAGCCUGCCAAAAGAAUGAAGUUCAAGACUGUCUGUUAUCUGCUGGUCCAACUCAUGCAUUGCCGUAAGAUGUUCAAAGCCGAGAUCCCUUUCUCCAACGUCAUGACCUGCGAAGAUGACGACAAGUCGCUUUUUCUGUCAGAGAUGAUGGCACAGGACAUGAGCGUGGGAAGAAUGGCCGGAGGCUUAUCAGUGAAAAGGGACUCCGUCCUGAGAUCCUUUUUACUUCUCCGUAAGCCUGCCCACGUGCUUCUGAUACACCUUUCAAGCCACCGGAGCUUUGUCCCAUUCGGUGGCCGGAGACAGAGCAGAACUAAUUCUCCCAUGUUUGUUUGUUCCUGCCGCAACAACACCCCCGGAACUCGAGUGAACCGAUACAUUAGCCGUUUAAUCGAGGCCCGGCAAACGGAGUCGGAGAUGGCAGACCUAAAUUUUUUUACCCUGAAGUACAAACAGAUGGAACGUGAGCAAAAAUAUCACCAGCUUCAGGACGAAUAUUUCACCAGUGCUGUAGUCUUGUCACUAAUUCUAGCUGCCUUAUUCGGCCUUGUCUACCUUUUAAUAAUCCCACAGAGUACCAUAGUCCUUGUCCUCCUGGUGUUCUGCAUAUGCUUCCUCGUGGCGUGUAUCAUGUACCUCCAUGUCACUCGAGUACAAUGUUUUCCAGGGUGCCUGACAAUACAAAUUCGAACCGUUUUGUGUGUUUUUAUUGUGAUCUUAAUUUAUUCAGUGGCACAAAGCUGUGUGGUGGGUUGUAUGCCUUGGGUCUGGAGUUCUAAUUCCAGCAAGUCCAUAGUGAUCAUUUCUCCCGGCGGGGCGAACGAAACGAUGAGCGAACUUCCGUGCGACGCGGCCCAUUAUGCGUUCCUCUCUUGCGUGGUCGGGACUCUGACGCUGGCAAUAUUUUUACGCGUCUCUUCCUUGCCAAAAAUGAUCCUCCUGCUUUUUGUUACAAUUCUGUACAUAGUCAUUUUGGAACUCAGCGGAUACCGAAAAGCAGUGGGGGGCGGCUCCUUUUAUAUGCGUGGCUAUGAACCCAUAUUAGCCAUUUUGCUGUUUUCCUGUGCUUUGGCACUUCAUUCCAGGCAGGUGGAUCUGAAGCUACGUCUGGACUACCUCUGGGCUGCGCAG